CUCGUUAGCGCCGAGUCCAUCCAUGUCUUCGAAUCCUGGGCGGCUGCCAUCGUCACCAUGGGAUGGUUCAGCAGUUCCCGGCGCCACAAGAAGUCCAAAUCUGAACAUGCGGCCCAGGCACCUCCUCUCCCUCCGAGGGAUCAGGUAACUGCUCCUGCGGUGAAGCCGAUCUUGCAGGCGCAGGCGCAGGCGCAGGCGCAGGCGCAGGCGCAGGCGCAGGCGCAGGCGCAGUCGCAAUCCCUAUACAAAUUACCAACGGCCUCGGCAACCAGUGCUUCGGUGCAGACGUCUCACUACCGUCCUCAGACUCAUCCGUAUCGUCAUCAGGCAUCGUCUUCGGUUCAUCUAUCGUCGUCUUCCCAUCCGUCGUCAACGUCGACCAGCUCUCUCGCCAAAUGGCAGUCCUACACGAGUCUCUCCGGGAUGGUGUCGCAGACGGUAGGGGCCGCCAAUACCACCAUGAUGGGAUUAGAGCAGCAGAUGAAGGAAUACAUGUCCUGUGGGGUGGACGCUUACGGGGUGAUGCUGCGGAAGCUGGAUAAUGUCAUUACGUCGAUGGAUGAGGGGCUGUUCACGGGAAAAGACGAAAUGGUCGUCGAAUAUCCCGUCCACUCCGAUGCUGCAGCGCAUACGUCGGCCGACAAUGACAAGUCCUCCCAGUCGACUGCGUUGACCUUUUUCUCCAAAGUUUAUCUUUAUAACAAUUCGCGGCUUCCUCUACAACUGGCUCCUUUACAGCUAUAUCCAUCCGGUCACGCCCUCUUGCGUCUGGCCGCGCAAUACUCGCGCAACGUGUACAAACGACCGACCGGCGGCAACAACGCCGCGUACUUCGACGCCGACUGGCGCAACGGCACCAAAGCCAUGGUGAUCAAAUCAUUGGCUGUUGACGACAUGAAGACCAUCGUGAUCGCCAUCCGCGGCACGCAAAGCUUUCGCGACUGGGCCGUCAAUAUGAAAACUGCCCCCACGCCCCCGCGUGACUUUCUCGACGACCCAUUCAACCUCUGCCAUGCCGGGUUCUUGUCUGUGGCGCAGAAGAUGGUCCGCCCUGUCGCCGCGCGACUACGCGAUCUCUUGGCCGAGGAUCCCAGUCGUGCAAACUACUUGAUUCUGAUCACAGGACACUCUGCGGGCGGGGCGGUUGCUAGUCUUCUAUACUGCCAUAUGUUCGCAGCCACCGUGGGGUCGGAAUUGACCCAUCUGCGCACCUUCUUCAGAAACGUACAUUGUGUAACAUUUGGCGCGCCUCCUGUGUCACUACGGCCAUUAUUUCCGCCUGAUCCCUCCUCGAUCUUCUUCUCCAUUGUCAACGAGGGCGAUCCCGUCCCGAGAGCCGACAAAACAUAUGUGUCAUCCCUAAUGAACCUAUACAUGUCGCCCGCCCCGAUAUCUCGUCUGUACGGCCGUCGGCGCAAUUCCAGCAAACCAGCCGUGUGGAAUAUUCCACCAGCCACCCUUUCUGUCGCCGGACAGGUGAUCAUUCUUCGCAGACCGGUACAUAACGCCUCUAUAUACCCCGAUGAUACGCCGGAGUAUGUUGAGGCCUGUAUGACUACCGAUGCCGUGCUUCGACAGGCCGUCUUUGGCGAUCCGCUCAUGCACAUGAUGGAUCUAUACGCGCGGCGAAUCCGCGACCUGUCUAGACAGCCCGCAUAGCAUCCAGCAUCCAGCAUCCAGCAUCUGUAUUAAUUUUAUAUGUACAUUAAUCCACUAAUUAUACCCACG